AUUAUUACAACCAGAUUACUAUUUUCAUUUCCUCAUCAACAUAAAAACGUGUUUAUUUUUAAACUUCUUUUAUUUGUUUUACGCUCGCGUGGUAAUUGUUUGGGGCUAAUUUAUUGAAGCGGCGCACUCAUUCGUCGCGCAGGUCACGUGUCUGGUCUCCAUUGUCCGCAGAGCAGGGUGUGUUCCGCCGGGACUCAGAGCGGGCUGGGUCGGGCCGGGCUGGCUGUUUUUCCCCUCACAUCAGCAUCUUUAAUUAUCCGGUGACAUCGCUCCAUGAUGCCCCGGAAAGGAGGAGACGCUUCGGCCUGAGCGCUUCUCCAUGAUGCUGAUGCUGAUGACGGUGAGGCGUGUCUGACUUCUUGUUUUGCCGCUGCUGAUGAAACUGAGGCACCUGGAGAAGGAAGAUAGAAAUAAAUCUGCGAGGAUGUUUGUUGAUUCUUGGUAAAUAAAAUGUCUUCAGCUAGAGCCUGCGAGGCGGUGCAGGUGGUGGUGCGCUGCCGGCCGUUCUCCAGGAGAGAGGAGGUGGCAGAGUGUGAGAACAUUCUGGAGAUACAUGACAAACUGGGACAGAUCACCAUCCGAAACCCGAAGGCACCGCCUGAUGAGCCAAUGAAGGUCUUCACCUUUAACUCGGUGUACGGUUGGAACUCAAAGCAAAGUGACAUCUAUGAUGAUGCUGUGAGACCUCUUGUAGAGUCUGUGCUCCAAGGCUUCAACGGCACCAUCUUUGCUUACGGACAAACCGGGACCGGUAAGACCUACACCAUGCAGGGGGUGUCCAACGACCCGGAGAGGAGUGGAGUCAUACCAAACUCAUUUCAGCACAUUUUCACUCAAAUCUCCAGAAGUCAGAAUCAGAAGUAUCUGGUCAGGUCUUCGUACCUUGAGAUCUACCAGGAGGAGAUCAGGGAUCUCCUGUGCAAAGACAACAACAAAAAGUUGGAGCUCAAAGAGAACCCUGAGUAUGGCGUUUACGUGAAAGACUUGUCUUCGGUGCUGACGAAGAAUGUCACAGAGAUUGAGCACGUCAUGAACAUUGGGAACCAGUCCAGAACGGUGGGCUUCACCAACAUGAACGAGCGCAGCUCAAGGUCUCACGCCAUUUUUGUUGUAACCGUGGAGUGCAGCGAACUAGGCCCGGAUGGUGAGGACCACAUACGUGUUGGCAAACUGAACAUGGUUGAUCUGGCUGGAAGCGAACGCCAAAGCAAGACAGGCGCUAAAGGGAAGCGUCUGAAGGAAGCUGCCAAAAUCAACCUGUCCCUCUCAGCGCUGGGGAACGUCAUCUCAGCCCUGGUGGAUGGGAAGAGCGCCCACAUCCCUUACAGAGACUCCAAACUCACCCGCUUGCUCCAGGACUCUCUGGGCGGCAAUGCAAAGACGGUCAUGGUUGCAACAGUUGGACCCGCCCAUAAGAACUUUGAUGAAUCCCUGGCAACGCUCAGGUACGCCAGCAGAGCCAAGAAAAUAAAGAACAAACCACGGAUCAACGAGGACCCUAAAGACGCCCUGCUAAGGGAGUUUCAAGCAGAGAUUGCACGUUUGAAAGCUCAGCUGGAGGAGCAAGGGAUGCUGGCAGAAGAGAGGAGGAGGAGGAGGAGGAACAGCAAAAGACUGAGUAAAAGUAUGGCUGGGACGGAGGAGGAAAUCUUUACAGAUAAGACUGUAGGGGAAGAAGAUGAGAAGCACAGGCUGAUUGAGGGCAACCCAAAGGCCUGCCAAGGGAGCAGCGAGAAACUAAAACAUCUAAACGUUAACAGAAGAAGUUUGGAGGAAUUUCAAUGGGACCAAGAAGCCGUGGAGAAGAUCAUAGAGAAGUAUAAGGCUAUGGAGAGCAAACUGCUGGUGGGAGGAAAGACCAUCAUCGAUCACACCAACGAACAGCAAAAGAUGCUCGAGCUGAAGAGACAAGAAAUAGCAGAACAAAUCAGACGAGAGAGGGAGAUCCAGCAGCAGAUGAUGCUGCAGGACGAGGAGACUUUAGAAAGGAAGGAGACGUUCUCCUCCCUGCAGCAAGAGGUGGAGCACAAGACGAAGAAACUGAAGAGGCUGUUUGCUAAACUGCAGGUGUUGAGAGGAGAGAUGAAUGACAUCAUCGAUGAACACAUCCUAACCAGACAAGAGCUGGAGGAGACACAGGAUGAGCUCACCAAAGAGCUCAAGUACAAAUAUCUCCUUAUUGAGAAUUUUAUACCCCCUGAGGAAAAGAACAAGAUAAUGAACCGGGCUUACUUUGACUCUGAGGAGGAUCAGUGGAGGCUCCGACCCGUGAUUCCAUCAGAGAGUACACACACCAAGCUCAAGAGAAGGCCAGUUUCUGCUGUGGGAUACAAGAGGCCAAUCAGCCAGUUUGCACAGAUGGCUGUUGCUGGGGCAGCUGGGACUCCAUCUAGAUACCAGGCUGAGAACAUAAUGCUGUUGGAGUUGGACAUGUCUCCACCAACCAUGUUCAGCUUGAACCUACAUGGGGCUCACCUGGAGAGAGCUUUCUCUCCCAGACUGAUGCAGGAUCUUCCCAGAGAGAGAGCCGCCUCAUCAUCACGGGUCAGAAAAUCUCAGUCCUGGUAUCAGGCACCACAACAAACAUCUGUGACAUCAUCCUCCUCAUCUACUGCUCUGACAUCAGGAACUCAGAGCUGUUCUCCGUCUCAGAGACAGAGACCGUCCUCCGCUGCCCACCUGUCUUUUGGAGGUCCUUAUCAGACGAGCCCUUAAGUUGUGUCCAUCUGAUUCUUCUUAAUUUAGUUCUAUUUUCAGAUAUUACUUAAAAGUGACCGAGAGUUAUAUUAAUAUGGUUUUUU